GGCAAGUCUGUAGAGUAUUUAUUUCUCCGCAUGGUCAUAUCUUUGUGUUAUGUUAUCUCACAGUGAAUGCUUGCUUUAUGUGUCGAGUCAAGAGAUUUUAGCAGGCUGCAUUCCCCUCUGGCACCUUUGUAAAGGUCAUCGGAGGGUAUUAGAACCGGCCUAGUUUCUGACUUAUUUUCGCACCACUAUCAAUUGAUAUUCGCCACCGACCAUGCGUUUUUAUCACUGGCUAUCUAUCAUAGCUGCAUUGGUGCAAUUCACUGCAGCUGCCAACAUCACGAUUCUCGAGCCGGGGGACCUUCACCAAGACGUCGCAGAUUCCUUUUUAUUCUGCCUCAAUGCGACCGGCAUUUAUUACCGGCUAUAUAUAGACGCAGGGAUUACGAUCGUGCUUUCGCCUAAAAAUCGCGGCAUUGAUACAGAUGAAGACGAUGAGUUCCUAUUGCAGUGCAUGAUGAUGGCCUGUGACACUAUGAGUAUUGCGGCGGAGGACAUGAACGAGGAUAAUGAAAACCAUAUGAAUAGUGUUUAUGCUUCCCUGGUCUCAUACGACUGGCUCGCCGAGCAAGGCGCUCGGGGUUUGCGUGCGAUCGGUACGAGACCAGCCCUGACCCUGGAGGAUAUUGCUGGGCGCGAUGGGGGUGAGAAUGAGGUGAGUUUGGCGAAAAGAAAUUAUCUUGUAUUGUGA